UCCUCUAUCCAUUUGAUGUAUUCCUCUUUUGCACUCCAAUGGCUCUCUAAGGUACCAGAAGAGUUGUUGGACAAUGGCUCUCUUGCAUGGAACAAGGGAAUGAUUCAUUAUACAAUUGCCUCGAAAGAAAUCGCUGAUGUUUAUGCAGCUCAAUUUGCAAAGGACAUGAAUACCUUUUUCAAUGCUAGAGCUGAUGAGAUUAUAGUUGGAGGAAUGAUGAUAUUGAUCAUGCUAGGUUUCGCUGAUGGCGUUCAAUAUUCUCAGGACCCAAGUUGCCCCUUUUUUUAUGCUUUCAACCAGAGUCUCCUUGAUAUGGUGAAAUUGGGAAUGAUCAAUGAAGAUGAAGUGGACUCCUUCAAUUUGCCUUUGUAUGCUACCUCUCCCAAAGAGAUGACAAAGCUAGUAGAAAGAAAUGGGUGUUUCAGCAUAGAGAGAAUGGAGGUAAGCAAUACCAGGCCACAGAAUGAUGGACCGCCUAUUGUGCCAGCAAUACUAACGCACUAUAGAGUCGGCUUAGAAGGAAUUUUCACCAAACACUUUGGGAGUAACAUCGUCGAUGAAUUGCUUGAACAAACUCUUAAUAAAUCCGCAGAGAUUUCCUCCAUGUUGGAAUCAAGUUGUGUGGAAGGAGCCCAACUAUUUUUGGUUUUGAAGCGUAAAUGAUUUGAGAUCAUGUCG